CAUUAAUGAUGAAGAAGUUUUUUAUACUACAGAUCUUCAGAAUGAAGCAAGUUUAUCUGAGAAUAGUGAGCUUAAUGAGCUUUUAGAUGAAUUAUCUAUAGAAGAUAACUGUGCUGCCGCUCUUAAUUCUGCAAUAAUCAAUUAUUUUAAUGAUAUUGAUCAAACUAUUGCAACUGAAGAAGCAUUAACCGACCAACAAAUAGUUACUCUUAUUCAAAAUAAAGAACGUGAUGAUGUUGAAAGUGGUUCUGAUGAUUCAAAUAAAAAACCAUCUGAAGUGCCUAUUCAAGAAGCAUAUAAUGCAUUAAAAACUUGGAUAACUUUUUUUGAACAACAACAAUCUUCAAAUUUUAAUAUGAAUGAUAUAAAAAUAUUUAAAAAAUAUGAGAAAAUUACAAAUAGAAUAUUGUUAAAUUCACAAAAACAAAUUAAUUCCUGA